AAGAAAAUGGCGGAAGCGGUUGUGCACGAUGUUGGUGGCUGUCAGGCGUAGUAAAAAACAUCUGCAGCUGCUACUGUAGGACAGAAGAGCUUUGGUCUAGAUGUUGAUGUUGUUGUUGUUGUAUGAAGCAUGCCCUACAAAGAUAAGGCAGGCCGCACAUGUGGCUUCCUCGACAUAGAGGAGAGGGAGGACAGCAGCCGCUUCAGUCGGCGCUACUUCAUCCUUGAUGUCACCAUGGGGAAGUUCAGCUAUUACAUGGAUGUCCCUAGUAAUUUGUCAUCCCCUAUGCCAGUAAGAGAAUUUAAUCUUCAGUAUAUAUCAAAAGUUACUGAUGGUAGAAAGUUGAGGCCAAAAGUGGAGUUUUGUUUUGUUAUUAAUGUGGAGGGAAAGAACUUCUACCUUCAAGCAGACAGUGAGAAGGAUUUACAGAACUGGAUUGAUGCAAUCACAAAUGCCAGUAAAAUUACAGUCCCGAACAAUGAAAGUCGAUCUGACACCAUGGAGUGGCACUAUGGUGACACAUCCUCUGGUUAUAAGACUGAGAUAGCAGGAGGAGUGGUGUGUAAAAUAGCCGUAGAUAGUGAUGACAGUGAUGGCAGUGACCGUGAGGACAGCUCUACGUCAGGACAGCUCUCUGCAGGUGCCAUUCCCUCCAUAAAAUCUGGGUUCUGUGUCAAGCAGGGUGCUGUGAGAAAGAACUGGAAGAGGCGAUUUUUUGUUUUGGAUCACAGUGGCAUUUCCUAUUAUAGCUCAAAUCAGGAUAAAACUCCCAUUAAAACCAUCAACAAACAUGACAUAUUGGAGGUCAGAGAAUCUAAAGGUGUUCAUUCCGGGCGAGAUAAUUUGUUUGAGAUUGUGACUGCCAAAAGGAUAUACUACAUACAGACUGACUGUCCAGAAGAUAUGCAUAGCUGGAUAGAGGUGUUGAGGAAGGUCUUGAGAACUCUGAAAUGUGGAGACAGAAAGUCCAUGCAGGAGAUAGAGUCCCAGCCAGUAGAUUUAGACUGCUCCUCUGAUCUGGUGUACCCACCAAAAGGAGUCUGGACGAGAGACAAGCAGAGUGGUAAAGAAUCCAAGAAAAACCAGCGAAGGAAAAACCGAUCAUGGUUCUGGUCCUGAGAGGAAAUGCCUCCGUCUCGUUUAGUGCUGACACAUUAAGCCUCUUUGUGUGGGAAAAUGGCUGAAGGCUGUCGACUCUCCCAUCAGGAUACAUUUUAUCAUGAAGACAUUUAUUGUGUUUACUUUUAAGAAGGCUGAUAUUUUAAUGAAUUGACUCAUGUGUUGAACUAUUUGUUGGAGAUUCUGAAGUAUGAUUCUUGUUUUGUUUGAAUAGUCGAGUUUAAUUUACUCAUACAUUAACCCAUGUAUGUUGUGGUUUGUUGAUUGAGAAUUGUUGGUUUUUAAUGCUGAGCAAAACUUGAGUGUCCUCACCAGAUGAUCAGAUGAUCCGGUACCUUCCUUUUCACAGGUUAUAUCCCUUUUAACAAAGUUAUGGUGGCCUCAUGUGCAGGUGGCAUUCUUGACAUUUCAGGGUUUGUGUGAUCCAGGGUAAAGAAGUAACACAAAAUGUUUGCAAGUUGUAUGAUUUUGUUGCAUUUUCUCUGCGUGAAGGUAUUGGUUAAUGCAUUGAAAGACUAAAAUCUGUGUCUCUCCAUCUACUGAUGUGUUCACGUUAACCUUCAUGCAUUUGUUACCAUAUUUGUGAUUGAUAUGCUUGUGUUUUAUGUAUAAUAACAUCAGUACACUGCUAACUCGUUAUCUGUAUAUACAAUUUGUACGCUGGCAGGUUUAUGGUGCACAGUUGGUCACUGGUCUGUGUUUGUCAUAUGACACUGUCUUUAUGAUGUGGUAGGGGGAUUCUUGAAUUGCUGUGAGAUGAAGAAGCCUUUGUGAUUAUUUCCUUAACAAGUUUUACACUCUCGGGUUGUGAGCUUGAAAAUUCCUAAACAUUGUGAAAUCACCAUAUACAUACAUACAUCCUCCCCUACUAAGAUAUAGCUUGUGUGCAACUGCCAAAUAUGCACCUGUAUCAAAGUGAGAGGAAAGAGUCAGAACCUGGUGAGAAAAAACAUUGAUGCACUGACAUGUUCAAACCCAGACCUUUAUCUCUGGUUCACCUGUGGCUUUGUGUUAGAACAUUGCUCAGGUAUGUUUACUUGGUAAGAUCUUAUAGUAUUGUAGCUGUUAGAGCCUUUCCCCACUGAUAGUCCUGACCACUGCACAUAAAUGAAAUAUUCUUGAGUAAAAGACUUGGUAUUUCAGGUGGAAAAAAUGUUAGCAUGUCUGCAGAAUUUUUAUCCAUAUGAAUGCAUUUGAACUUCAUUUUAUGAAUCUUUUCCAUUUUUUGUUUUUAGUUUAGGUGUGAAAUUGCUAAUGUGGCAUAAAAGUUGGUAUGUGCUUAAAUUAGUAAUAUUUGCUAAUAUAUAUUAGUAAUAUUUGCCAGAUGUAUAUUGACUCCUCUAGUUAUAUUAAUCCAUUUUCUCAAGAUGAACUAUGACACACUUAGUGAAUCCCAGUGAUUCUCACAUUGGUGGAAUUAAAUGAGAGUCAGAUCCUCCGCUUGGUUCCAAAAUCUAAUCAGUGUUUCUAGAAAGUGUUAGGUUUAUGUUGAGAUGUUUAUCUCUGGCAGUAUAAACUUGUUGCUUAUCAAAACCAGCUGAUACACUGAGAAUCUUACCUUGCCAAGUCUGUUCUACAAGUGGACAGCGUCUUGAGGAUCUUGUCACUGACAGGUACACCAAUAUGCUCUAAACACUGUGCUCAGUGUAACAUAACACACCACUGGCUUGUGUGGACAUGUGUAUUGGCUACAGAUACCAUAGGUCAAACCACCUAAGUCACCUUUGUUCAAAAAUAAUGCACGCAAUUCCCAAAUUUGCUGAAGUAAAAUUAUAUUGGUUUUUCCGUAUGAAAUUUUUCAAAUGCUUCAUAAGACGUCUAUGAUAUUAAAAUUUAAAAGUCUUCCUUAGUAUUUUUAAUGAGACAUCAGGUUUUUUAUACAUUGUAUACACUGCACCAUGACAGUCUGUUAUUUUAUCCAUAUAUACUUCUGUGCUAAGUUAUUAAGAUGAAAGAAAAUGUUUUUAAUUUGCAUUUACCAGUACAUCUAGUGUUUUGUUUUGUGAGGCAACAGAAUUUGUACAGGCGCUCCAAGGCCAUCUUUCCAGUAUCUGCUCACCUUACUAAUGUUUUGUUGAUUUAUUUUGUACAUUGUAAAAGUAGGCAUGUCUCUUGAUCCUUUUCAUUUGUAUUAUUCUAUUAUGCUGAAGAUUUUUGUUAUUAGUUGGGCAUAUGUUACCAGACUUGUUACAUGGGCGUAUGUUACCAGACUUGUUACAUGGGCGUAUGUUACCAGACUUGUUACAUGGGCGCAUGUUACCAGACUUGUUACAUGGGCGUAUGGUACCAGACUUGUUACAUGGGCGUAUGUUACCAGACUUGUUACAUGGGCGCAUGUUACCAGACUUGUUACAUGGGCGUAUGUUACCAGACUUGUUACAUGGGCGUAUGUUACCAGACUUGUUACAUGGGCGUAUGUUACAGACGUCAUUAUUAUUAUUAUUUGUAUGCCAACCACAUUUCUUUUUUAUUCCAAAUAGAUUGUUUCAUGGAGGCAUUUUAUUCUUAUUUAUAACAUUGAUGUAUCCCUUUUAGACAGAUGAAGCCAAACUGGUUUUUUUAAAACACAUAGUUAAACAUCUCUAUCUUUUAAUUUGUAUGAAGUCUUAACAGUGUCUCAGAUUUUUCUACUGGUAAAUAUGAGUUAAAUGCCCUUGGGGGACAUGUAUUUGAUGUACUGAUCUUAUCAUCGGUAACUAAGAAACAAAAUCUGAUCAAGUUCCUGAAGUGAAUGCAAGUCACCAUGGAAGGCCUGUGUGAUUUAGUCUUAACAAUGUAAGGUACAGUUUCCAUGUCAUUUUCGUUUGUUUAUUAUGGGUUUGUAUGACUUUUACUUGGUAAUUUCAGUCAGUGGUGAUGUUUUACAGGAUUUUUCAGUUCGUUUUCUUCUCUCAUUCUAAGAGGAUCCUGACUUAGUGAUUCACACAGACUGUCCACACCUCACAGCAUGGCAAAUGAGAAUCUAGACAAUCUGUACACUCUGACUGCUUGUCUGUCUGUCCACACCUCACAGCAUGGCAAAUGAGAAUCUAGACAAACUGCACACUCUGCCUGCUUGUCUGUCCACACCUCACAGCAUGGCAAAUGAGAAUCUAGACAAUCUGCACACUCUGACUGCUUGUCUGUCCACACCUCACAGCAUGGCAAAUGAGAAUCUAGACAAACUGCACACUCUGACUGCUUGUCUGUCCACACCUCACAGCA